AUGGCCAUGGCUGCAGAGGCUGAUGAUCGUCAGCUUGGGACCCUCCGGUCCGAUGAAGAAGGGAGUGAGAGCUCGAGGAGGCAGAGCAACGCAAGCCAUGCCGACUCGGAGCACACCAAAACGGACUCCAAGCACUCGGCCGGCUCCCGGGCGAGGCGGAGCUCGGUCGUGGGAGAGUUCAUCAAGGCAGAAAAGAUGUCGUCUGAAGUUACCGUUUCCACGAAGACCACCACCGCGAACUUCCAGAAGUGGUCCGCAUGGCUUGCCAACAGCAAGCGGUUCAGUCAUUUCAUGAUCUGCAUCAUCGUCGCAGACGCUGCUUGCACGUGGAUAGAUAUUGAUGCUCGUGCUGCUGGCGAAGCGCCCUCCAUCGGUGUGUUGACGUUCCUGGAUCUCAGUCUCGCCAUGUACACGCUGGAGUUACUGCUCAGGUUCCUGGGCCGUGGGGCUGCCUCGAUGCUCGGUGACUGGAUGGCCUGGCUCGACAUGGCUGUUGUAAUCUGCGGCUAUGUGGAGAUGAUCCUGAACGCCAUCUAUCCGACGGAGCUGAUGGCAAGGCUCCAGGUCAUGCGUGCACUUCGGCUCGUACGAAUACUCCGCCUGCUGCGCUUCUUCAGGAAGCUCCGCGCAAUCCGGGAACUUCAGAAGCUAGUCACCAUGAUGGCAACGUGCCUUCGCACCCUGGCGUGGUCCUUCCUGCUCUGCUUCGGCAUCAUGACGCUUUGGGCCAUGCUGUUGGCCGAGGUGGUGUAUCCCAUUGUGCAAGCCAUGCCGGAUGCUUUUGCGGAUUGUGACUACUGUGACGUCUCGACUCGGUCUGUGAUGUCGGCAAACCUCCUCCUCUUCAAGACCGUCAUUGCCGGAGACGGCUGGGGUCGUGUAGCAGUACCUGUAAUCCAGCAAAACCCCUGGACAGCUGUUCUCUUCGUGGGGUCUUUGUUGACGUUGGUGUUUGGUGUUCUGAACAUCAUCAUUGCGGUCGUGGUGGAUACGUUUGCAGAGGCUCGGCAGAAUGACGUUCAGAACUUGGCUGAAGAAAUGGAGAGUGACCUCGAGAAGAACAAGAAGGAGCUAACACAGCUCUUCACGCGGAUAGACCGCGAUGGCAGUGGCCAGCUUUCCCUGGAGGAACUUAUCCUUGGGGCACGUCGUGACCCAAUCUUGCAGAGCAGGCUGCGUGUGAUGGACAUCGACGAGAAUGAUCUCCAGCAGUUGUUUUGCAUGAUCGACGUGGACAACAGCGGUACCAUCGAGGCGGCCGAGUUCAUCGGCCCCCUCAGUCGGUGGGUCCACGAUUCGAAAACCGCCCCAAGGUUCAUCAAGUACAACAUGCUGCAGACGAUGCAGCUGCAGGAGGACCUCUACACCCUGUCGCAGACCUACUUCCGAGACUUGUCGCAACGCAUGGACACACUGUCCGCCGACGUGCAGUGCGCCUCAGCCGGCUGGACUGCGCACGACGUGGGCUUACCACGGCUUUCCUCGCCUUCAUCCUUCAUGCCAAGGCAGUCUUCCGACGAGUCUAGCCGGUCAACGAGGUCAGCGAAGGCAGACGGAAAGGGGAUUGAGCAGCCGACCAGCUGCGUUACGCCCAAGAUGAUGUCUGACCCUGCUGCAUGCGCUGACGGAUCCCCCCGAAUAUGGGGGCAGAAUGAGCACCGGGCGCCUGCAGACAGGGAGCUCAUCAGACUUCUGGAUGGCGUCGUGGCAAAGGUCGAGCGUGGGAUGAUCGAAAUGGAGAAUCGGCUGAAGCGAGCUUUGGGGCCUUUGGGGACAGACGGGUUGAUGGUACAAAGCAAGGCCACGGAAAGAUCCCUUGACAGGCCCUUACCGAGGGCGGACCUUUUCAGGGCCGUUUAUGGGGAGGCAAAGAAUCGCAACUCGUCCUUCAGCAAGCUGCCGCCCUACGGACUCGGAAGGUCGCCCGUGGCCCUGCACCAGCUUACCACACACCAGAACUUGGAAGAGCUACCAGUUCGGCGCAUCAAGUCUACACGCUGA